AUGACUUUGGCUCUCGUCGGGCCUUCGCAAGCGGCACUUCGUUUUGGAUGCUCAACUCUUUCGAUCCAACGUCUUGAUCCUCUUGUCGAACCUGGCCGUCUCCCGUCCGAAGAAUUUUCCAACUACUGGACGGCCGUCCUGUUCUUCAAGCACCCCAACGGCACCUACAAACGUGUGCCCAUCAUGCAGAAUUCUGUACUGCUCAACGGUAUCAAUGGCGGCAUGACCAUCUACUAUACGGUCGGCUUCCGUAUGACUGUCAGCUCUCCCACCACCAACAAUCUCAACGACGCCAAGGGCCACGUUGGGCUGCGCUUUGUGUGCUUGACUGACAAGAACACGCGUUUCCCCGAGUUGCCUGACUUCCCAACUAAGCCCUGUAAGGGCGGCAUCAUGACAGUGCACCAUUUUCCGUCAUGCUGGGACGGUAAAAACCUCGACUCGCCCGACCACCAGUCACACAUGUACAACACGGCUAAGAAGGCGUUCUCUCCCGCUGGGCCCUGUCCAGCAUCGCACCCGGUACGCAUGCCGCAGGUGGCGUACGAGACGCUCUGGGAUACGACCCAGUUCAACAACAUGUGGCCAAAAGACGGAUCGAACCCCUUCGUGCUGAGCUAUGGCGUCAACAAGGGAUACGGAACCCACGCGGAUUACGUGUUUGGAUGGAAGGGAGACUCGCUCCAGAAGGCGAUGGAUUCGAGCUGCAUGUUCAACGCUUGCGAGAAUGGCCGGCCGCUGAAGAGCCAGAACGUGCAGGCGAUGAACAAGUGCGCCGUCAAGAACAUGGUGAAUGAAGAUCUGGAUUCAUGGCUCAAAGUGCUGCCUGGUCAGGCGAUGUGA